AUGGAGGAAGAGACGAAACAGCCCGUGAGCACAUUAAAAUAUGUUGAUAUUGGCAUCAAUCUCGGCGACCCCGUUUUCAGGGGCAGUUAUCACGGCAAACAAGCCCAUGAAGAUGAUUUGACCGAUAUCAUAGAACGAGCUAGAGAAAUCGGCUGCACUAAAUUUAUGGUUACUGGUUCCGAUCUCAAGGAGUCAGAACACGCAGUCCAAAUCUCCAAAGAUUACCCCGGCUUCUGCUACGCCACCGUCGGCGUCCACCCCUGUCAAGCAAAACACUUUGAUGAACACCCCUCUGGCCCCUCCAAACUCCUCCAAGAUCUACGCGAUCUCGCCCUUAGCACCAAACAAUCCGGGCACACAGUCGCCUUUGGCGAAAUCGGUCUUGACUACGACCGUCUAUUCCUCAGCCCCAAGGCAUCGCAACUCAAAUGGUUCGAGGCGCAGCUCGACCUUGCCAUUGAGGUUCAGUUGCCUCUGUUCCUGCACUCGAGGGCCGCAAGUGAAGACUUUGAGCGUUUGCUAAAAUCGAGAUUGGACAAAUUACCGAAAGGUGGGCUUGUGCAUAGUUUUACAGGCACAAAAGAGGAAAUGCUGCGUUUGGUAGAUCUGGGUCUUGAUAUUGGCGUGAAUGGAUGCAGUCUCAAAACAGAAGAGAAUUUAGAGGUUGUGCGACAUAUCCCUCUUGAAAGAAUACAGAUUGAGACGGAUGGCCCCUGGUGCGAGAUUAGGCCAUCACAUGCCUCGGCGAAGUAUUUGAAGGAUGCGCCGCCGUUGCCAAAGGCUGUGAAGAAGGAGAAGUGGCAGAAAGGGUGUAUGGUGAAAGGAAGGAAUGAGCCAGUUGCGAUUGCCCAUGUGGCGCAUGUUAUUGCGAAGAUUAAGGGUGUCUCGGUAGAGGAGGUUUGUGAAGCGUACGUUUUGACUCCCGUCUCUCUUUACUUCUGCGGAUAUUAA